UAAUAUUCAUGAGCCAAGCCUUCACUGUAGUAGGAUUCGUAAAUACAUUUUGGCGAUCAAUGGGGUGUUGUACUGCCGUUUUGUUACCAGCAGCGGACAGCAGCAAGCAGCAACAGUCUCUCCAGAGGUGGAUGUGGAUGUAUGUGGGAUUGAAUCAGGGCGAACUGGGCUGCCGCUGUCGUAGAGAACAGCACAGAACUGAUCCAAUAGCGAAACAUGGCUACUGAGACGAUAUCAGCCUGCACCGGAUCCGACUUACUACAGCCAAUAAGCGAGAUAACCAACCUUCCGUUAGAUCAGGUGAACUUCGUAGUAUGUCAGCUCUGUGCCCUGCUCACGGCCGUGUGGUUCAGGCUCUAUCUGCACCCCAGCAAGACCAGUCCAUUUGUGCGGCAUGUGGUGGCCACAUUGCUGGGCAUCUACUUUGCCCUCUUCUGCUUUGGCUGGUAUGCUCUUCAUUUCCUGCUCCAGAGCGGCAUUACUUAUGGCAUAAUGAUUCUGACCGGAGUCGAGCACAUGCACAAAUACUGUUUGGUGGUCGCCCUGGGUUAUCUAAGCUUCUGCCAAAUCACCCGGGUUUACGUCUUUGAUUACGGAAUGUACUCUGCAGAUUUCACAGGGCCGAUGAUGGUCAUCACACAGAAGAUAACCAGUGUGGCUUUUGAGAUCCAUGAUGGAAUGGCAAGGAAAGAAGAUCAACUAAACCAAGGUCAAAAACUGUUGGCCAUAAGACGGAUGCCCAGUUUAUUGGAGUACUUCAGUUACAACUGUAAUUUCAUGGGGAUUUUGGCUGGUCCCACCUGCUCCUAUAACGAUUACAUUGCCUUCAUCGAGGGCACCCCCUAUCGCCACAGAGACCUUGAGAUCAAAGGAAAAGUCAAUGGGAAGAGCAGACUGAAUGACCCUUCACCAAAUACAGAGGUCAUCCGGAAACUGGCCACCUGCUUCAUCUCUCUGCUGGUCUUCCUCUCCGUCUGCAAAGUCUGUCCUGUGGAGCGUAACGUUGAUGAUGAUUUUAUUGCCACCACACCCUUCUAUGCUCAGGUGGUCUACCUGUAUUUGUCCAUGCUGACCACCCGGCCUAAAUACUACUUUGUUUGGACUCUGGCUGAUGCCAUCAAUAACGCAGCAGGAUUUGGAUUUAAUGGCUAUGACAGUAAUGGUUUGCCUCGAUGGGAUCUCAUUUCCAACCUAAGGAUCAUGAAUAUCGAGCUUGCCACCAGCUUUAAGGUAUUCCUGGACAACUGGAACAUUCAAACAGCACAUUGGCUUAAAAGGGUGUGUUAUGAACGUUGUCCCUACAACCCCACAGCUGCAACCUUCCUGCUGUCAGCCAUGUGGCAUGGGGCUUACCCGGGCUACUAUCUCACCUUCCUGACUGGCAUCGUCAUCACUCUCGCAGCCAGAGCUGUGAGACACAAUGUAAGACCAUACUUCUUGGGUUCACCAACUCUCAAGUUUGUGUAUGAUGUCAUCACAUGGGCGGCUACACAGAUUGCCAUUUGUUACACCGUGAUUCCAUUUGUUCUGCUUUCUGUUGGCCCCUCGCUCAAGUUCUACAGGUCAUGGUACUUCUGCAUCCACAUAGGCUGUAUACUGCUGGCCAUCGUGCUGCCUGUGAAACCACGCCACCUGCGGCUGAAAGAGCAACAGCCUGCCGUACAACCGAGCCUGGAGAGCACAGACAGCAACAGCACCAGAAACAAAAAGCCACAUGAGUCCUGAAACACCUUACAAUCUUCUAUACACACACAGACUGGGCAGAUGUACCUAUUCUCCCAGCCACACAAGAAGAGAGUCAGAUAAACUACAGCGCUCACAAAAUAAACCAACCAACGCAACUUCUGUCUGGACUGACAGAGAAAAUCAUCUCUGGCUCAGU